AUGGCGGUCUUUGCCCGCCUACUGGAGCUUCUCGGAUGGGCCUCUCGAGCUCAGGAGGCUGGGGAGCAGGAGGUGGAGGAGGAGCGCACGACCCCCGGAGCGGCUGGGAGUCUUCUGGCUGCGCCCCGGUGCUCGCAGAGGCCACACGGGGGUGCGGCGGCGGCACCGGGCCUCCGCUUCGGGGCGAGCGCGGUGCAGGGCUGGCGCCCGCGCAUGGAAGACGCACACUGUGCUCGGCUGGCCUUGCCCGGGCUGCCGUCGGGCUGGGCAUUUUUCGCCGUCCUGGAUGGCCACGGCGGAGCCCGGGCCGCCCGCUUCGGUGCGCGUCACCUCCCAGGUCACGUGCUUGGGGAGCUGGGUCCUGCGCCCCGGGAGCCCGACGGCGUGCGCCAAGCUCUGCGUAGCGCCUUCCUCGGAGCAGACGCGCAGCUGCGCGCACUCUGGCCCCGCAGCGAUCCCGGUGGCUCGACGGCGGUGGCGCUGCUCGUGUCCCCGUGCUUUCUUUACCUGGCGCACUGCGGUGACUCGCGCGCGCUGCUGAGCCGCUCGGGCUCCGUGGCCUUCUGCACCGAGGACCACCGUCCCCACCGGCCUCGGGAACGCGAGCGCAUCCACGACGCCGGUGGCACCGUCCGUCGCCGGCGCGUUGAGGGCUCCCUGGCCGUGUCGCGAGCCCUAGGUGACUUCGCCUACAAGCAGGCACCGGGGAGGCCUCCUGAGCUGCAGCUCGUGUCCGCCGAGCCCGAGGUGGCUGCGCUUGCACGCCAAGCCGAGGACGAGUUCGUGCUCCUGGCCUCUGAUGGCGUGUGGGACGCUCUGUCUGGUGCGGACCUGGCGAAGCUGGUGGCGUCGCGCCUGCGUUUAGGCCUGGCUCCGGAGCAGCUCUGUGCGCAGCUGUUGGACACGUGUCUGUGCAAGGGAAGUCUGGAUAACAUGACCUGCGUGGUAGUCUGCUUUCCAGGGGCCCCCAGACCUUGUGAGGAAGCCAUCGGCAAGGAGAUGGCUUUGGAUGCAGCCCUGAGCCACAAAGUGGCUGAGCUGUACUCCUCUGCUCAGGAACCCCCGUGCCUAAACACGGUUUUCAGGACCCUGGCCUCAGAGCACAUCCCAGGCUUGCCUCCUGGAGGAGGGAUCCACAGCAAGGCUACGGUCAUUGCUGAAGCUUACUCUAAACUAUGUCAGACCGCAGAGGGAUGUCAAGAGAAGAGAUGAGACGGUGCGGAAGCUGCGGGCACCCACUCAACCUUUGACUUGAAUGCAGAGGCCUGGGGGCAGCUGGCUGUCGGUCCUCUGGGGACAUCUGGGCUUCCCUACCAGGAGAGUCAGAGGAAGGAAGGCCAGCCAUGGAGGAACCUAGAAACUUCAUUUCCUCUUCUCCUACUUCCCCUUCACGAGGGUCUUAUGAGUGGGGAAUUUCACCCUCUCCCAAACAACAAUAAG